GUGACGUUGUGCGCAAUGUGUACGACGCGCAGCUCAUUCAAAGAAAGAGCAUGUGGUCGCCCUACGCAGAGCCGUGUGACUGACGCAUUAAGGCAUCCGUCUGUCAGCAUGGAAAAGGAGACAGGGGCCGCCCCAGGAAACAGGCCAUCGUCUCGGGGUCCCAGCGCCCCCGGGUCUCCUGCCGUCACCACUGUGACAAAAUUGGACAAGAAGGUGAUUGGAUACAAGGACCUGGCUGCCAUCCCCAAAGACAAGGCCAUUCUGGAGGUGGAGCGGCCGGACUGGAUUACCUAUGAGCCCCACUUCAAUUUCUCCUCUCUGGACCGAGCUGAGCCGUCCCGGAGCCGAGAGAGGUCCAUGUCACCUCACUCCAUCUCGCCCCCUCCCUCCCCAGGGAGCUCAGGAAGGGAGCUGAAGGAUUUGCCAGAGGAGUCCUCUGAUUCACCUCCAUCCUGCAAAAUCAGUGCCACCACAGGCCCUGUGCAUCACUUUCACAGGCCUGACAUUGGCACUAAUAUCUACAGGAAGCCACCAAUUUACAAACACGAUGCCUCUGCGUCCGGCGUACAGGCCAAACACAGAGGCGACCUCAUCAUCAAAUCCUCCAAAUUCCCCGCUGCCCAGCCGCCGGACCCCAACCUACCCUCCAAGAUUGAGACGGAGUACUGGCCCUGUCCCCCCUCCCUGGCCACCAUGGAGAUCGAGCGGAGGAUGAGGCAGAGGAAGGGCGGGGAAGGUGCUGAGGGAGAGGGGAACGAUGAAGAUCUGACGGAGGAGGAGAAGAAAUCGCAGGAGCAGGAACUGAGCAAGAUCCAGUCCAACCUGGGGAAGCUGAUCCUCAAAGAGGAAAUGGAGAAGCCCGUACCGUUCCGCAGGAAGACUCGUUCGCUGCCUGACAGGACGCACAUGCACAUGGGGUCAUCUUCAAACGGCUCCAAAUGCAGCACCCUGCCUGCCUGCAGCCGUUCAGGAUUGACACGGCUGCAGUCCGCGGAGUUUCCCUCCACAGUGAACGAAAUCACAAGGCCUGGUGUACAGAAUGGAGAAAUGCAGACAGGGCGAAUGGACAGGGGGAAUUCCCUCCCCAGCAUCCUGGAGCAGAAGAUCUACCCGUACGAGGCGCUCAUCGUGACUCACAGGGGGCGGAGCAAACUCCCACCGGGAGUGGACCGCACCAGGCUGGAGAGGCACCUGGACCCGGAAGUGUUCCAGCAACUGUUCGGAAUGUCAAUCGUGGAGUUUGACCGGCUGUCGCUAUGGAAACGGAACAACCUGAAGAAGAAGGUUUCGCUCUUUUGAAGGAUCAGAGAGGAGCUUCCCUGAAACCACGAACCCAAAUCAAAUACAUCCCUGGAAGAAAAUAAAACCCCUUUCUUUUGAAAACCAGAGAAAAAAAAACAACAAAUAUAUUUGAGCAGGAUGAUGAAUCUCUGAAUCGUAGAGAUUAUGCAAGUCCCUGAAUAUAUUGUCUUUAAAAAAAGUCCUAUUGAUGUCCCACUCUUGAUUCAUAUUUACAAACAAAGCGAGUACAGUUUACAGUGUAAAGGCCAGAGCCACUGCAUCAUGUCUCUCUUUCUCUUUGUCCCUCUGCAUCAGCAAAAUGUAUAAAAUAUUACAAAAGGGCUGUACGUUAUAGAUCGCUUACACGCCCUGCGUGACUCUGUCCUCACGCAGGGCAUGGUCGACCGCCGUCUCUCUGUCUCUAGUCAAUGUGAACCUGUCUCGUGAGUGAAAUGCACGGUUAUCAGUUAGCAGUCUAACCCCCCCCAUCCCCCCCGAAACUAACGCACUUGUUUGGUCCGCAGUUAAACUUGUCGCAACGUUAAGCGCCGUUAGCAGAAAGACAGGCCGCGAACACUGCGCGCCUCCUGUGGAAAAAUAUCUAUAUCAGCGUCUCCGCUUCGUCACAGCAUCAGCUACAGCAAAUCCACGAAAACUGUGUACUUGUGUUUUGCGAAAUAAAUUUAAAAAAAAUAAAGGAACUGAGAACAGUAUUUUAACAACACCAUCGCUUCACCCAGUUGGCAGAGAAUAUGUUUUGGUUUUUUUUUCCACAAAGGGAAACGGAUGAACGAGUGCAGAAUAAUGUUUUCUAAGAUGUAGGCCUAUUUUCCUCAUGCUUACUUUUGUAAAGCUCUGUCAGGUUUGCUGUCCAAAUAGGAAACUGAGGUGCUCCAGCUGAGUGUAAACUCAAAGAGUAUUUGACCUUUCCCUGACCUUCAGCAGAAGAUAGAUCCCUCUGAAUGUUUAUUUGCCCUUAUGGCCAGCAGGUCAGGUGUAUUGGUGCUCACUGUUAACUUCUGGCUGUCCCCACAAACACACGUUCAGGUCAUUUAUACUUAAGGGGCACAUUAUUUAGAAUUUUAAUAUUUUCUUAACAUUGAGAAAUCCUCUCAAAUCUGAGGUGCGUUCAAAUUCAGUGAACAAGGCGAACGUUUGCAAACUAUUUCAAACGGUAGCUUUGUGUUCGCCGCAAACGUCUGCAAACAUAAGCAAACGGUCUGAAAAGGUAGUUUGCGGUGAACAAAAAUGGACGCUGGACUGAGGGAAAUGUGUUCGCAGAUGGGUAUUUCAAUUGAAGAUGCCGGUAAGUGUGACUAGUUUUUUCAAUAAUGUUAUUGCUAACGCUGGCCAAUGUUAUUAUUGUUCGCUAGCUUGCGAUUUCUUUUCUUUUUUUUACCUUGUCUUUUUAUGUUUAAUGCAAACAAUUUGGAACGUUCUUAAAAAGCCGUUCAAAUUUAACCGUUCAAAGAAAACAUGUUCACCACGAACGUUCGCCUCUGUUCGCUGAAUUUGAAUGCACCUCCGCUCUUUCAGAGAGUGACUGCUGAUGUCACUUCCUCAAUGCAACAGAGGUGCGUUCAAAUGAACCGCUCAUGUGAACCGUAACGACCCGGUCUGGGUCAGACCAUAACAGGAAAAAAACGAAAAGGGAAGUGAAUGAGAAAUGGGUAAUGAUUCAUGAUGAGCAAGCAACUCCAGUCCCUAACUGCCUAUCCAAAAAAGAAAAAAAAACAAUCUAAAGCCUAGCUAAUCUUCAAAAGGUUUACCGAGUUUGGGGUACCCCCCUGAGCUGGAACCUGAGUGGCCGGGCAGAGGAGGGGACCCCCAAAACGGCAGUGCCAACACAAACCCGAGAAAGACUGAAUUUAAAUGAAGAAACGCCCUCAGUCGCUUCCAUAGCUUAAAUAUUUCUCUUCCACAUACUUUAAUAUCAUUCCAGUCAUAACUGUUAAUAACAGCAACAUAAUAAUAAUGUCGAUAAAAUAAUUGUUCAUAAAUAAAAUUACUUGAUGGGAAGUGCAUUGCAUUACAUGCCAGAUACCUUUCUCCACCACAACAGACUAGACAGUUACAAUAGUUGUGUGCUGCAAAGCUUAUAGAUAGACAGCAUUACCUAUGUGAUUACCUAUUUAAACAGGCUGUGGGCAGUUAGAAGCUGUAAUGUCAGCUUCUGGCCUCCCCUCUCAAUAUCUAUCAGAAGCAUUGUGGGGACCUGAAGUACAAAACUUCCCUGCUGCCUGUACCUAUAUACAUACUGUACCAUAGCAUUGUACAGGGCUGUGGGAUAGUGCUGGAUUCAAAUGGUUUUGAUCAUUGGUGGGACUUUUGGGUUGAAUACACUCUCCGCCAUAGUCACAUCCUUAUCCGGACAUCCUGACCGACACCUGGAUACCUGUGUCUGUGUUAUCUGCCUCCGUCUCUUUGCUUAAAGGGUAGUCGGUGAUGAGUGUUCCUCCCUGUGCUGUUCAGCCAUGUUUGUUUUCAUGGUCUCUUCUCACAAUGUCCGCCAGGGCAUUUCAAAGCUUCGUGCCUCAUUGUGCGCGUGCGUAUGUGUGUGUGCGUGCGUGUGGGUAACAACAUAAAGCUUAGGCCGUACUGCAUCUCUCAGCCAUACUUUGGUGCUUCUGCUUUUUGUUUCUACAUCACAAUGUCUCCGGUGUAGGGGAAAUAAAAUCGAGGAAGACAAAA